AUGGUGAAGGCGCUGCAAACUAUGCGCGCCGUUCGUCCAGAUGUCAUUCGCGCAACGAGGGCGCACACGAUGCUCCGAUGCUUCGGCAGGGGCUUCCGAGGAAACGUGAACGGCUUACACAAGGUCAGCUUCGCAACUGAGAAGAUCGAAGAGUUCUGGUCCCAUAGCUGGCACACGUCUGCUUGGAUGAAGGUCUUUGCGCUCUGGUUUGUGAACAACGGUCAUGCAGCAGGCGUGCUUGGGAUGCUCUCUGCGCUGGUGGCCUGCAUUCUUUGUCUGCUAGAGGUGUUGCCACUUGAUGUGGGCCAGGGUGUUAAAUAUCCCUGGUGUGCGCUCUUCGGGACGCUGGGCUAUUAUCUGACUCUCCUUCAAUGGCGGCGAAGGAAGAAGGUCUUCGUGGACGUGGUGUGCAUCGACCAAGCGGAUGACGAGUUUAAAGCCCUGGCAUUGAUCAGCAUUCCUGCCAUCCUGCAGCGAUCGGAGGGCAUGCUUGUCAUGUGGGAUCCAACGUGGGCCAACCGAUUGUGGUGUGUAUUUGAGUUGGCGGCCUUUCUGCACAGCCGUCCUGCCAACGAGAAAGUGAGGUUGCUGAUACGGCCUACUGUGCUGGGACCAGUUCUUCUGGCAAUCAGUUUGGGCCUGACGGUUGCGACUUUGGCAUUUUCCAGCAACUUUGCUGAGGACCACGUCAUUUACUGGCCAAGAACUCUUGGCAUUGUCAUGAUUGUCUCUUCUUCCUGUCUACUGGUCUCUACUCACCUCCUCCGACUGUUCUGUCGGAGCAUCGACACGCUCCAAAAGCAGCUGGAGAAUUUUCACAUUGAGGAUACUCACUGCACUUGCUGUGACUGCGAUCAUAUUGAGAGUGGCACCGGAAGGCCACUGCUGUGUGACAGAAAAAUUCUGCACGAGGUCAUUAUUAGCUGGUUCGGCAGCAUCGAGAAGUUCGAGCGGGAAGUCCGCGGGCGAGUGCGCACGACACUCUUACGACAGAUUUUUAGCGUUGGAUUUGUGUACUCUCAUUUCUGUGCCGUCGCCAGCUGUGUCUCCUGGUACUUCAUGGACCUGGUUGUGUGGGAAGUCAUCAAUGGAGAAGUCUUCAAUGGAAACGCCGCUCUCACCAAAGUGGUGUUGGCAGGGUUGCGGGCCUUAGUAUGGUGGCUGGCCCUUGAACCAACUGUUCUCAUUCACGGCCUCGCCCUGUGCUGGCUAUUGCGCAACCGAUACAGCCAGUAUCUCGCGAUAGAACUCCUCGUCACCUCCAGCAGCAUGAUCAUUCCCUCGUUCGUUCUCAUCGGCCUGGUGCUGUUGGAGGUUCUGCUGGAUCCAGGAACGUCGGUCCCCGGGGCAGUGGUGUUUGCUGCCGUGAUGGCAGGUGUCGUGACUGUGUCGUGGUGUUUUGCAUGCAGAUGCUUUCCGCGCUGA